CCUCUUUAGACCUGCUGAGUGAAAUUAAAGCUCUGCGAAUCGGAUUAUUGCUUCCCUAGAGAGCUGCCGCGCUGCCAGAGGAGAAGCGGCUCUACGGGAUCCUGCUACGCCAGACUUGCCGGUCAGCUUUUGGUUUUUGCACGAAGACUGGUGAGAGAUACCCACUGAUGAGAUAUGUUACUCUACGGUUGAGGGAAAUCCCUGGUGUGUGUGUGCGCGCGUGCUGCCGGAGAUCUAUCGGGGGACCCUCAUCGACACGAUGGGUUGCAACCUGUGUACGCUGCAGAAGAGAGAGGAACAUUACAAGCUGCUGUAUGAGAUCGCACAGGUAAAUGGGCGUGAAUAUUCCAAGUCAGGACAUGACGGGACGGUGGAAGCCAUGCGGAAAGACCCUAUUGUAGUGCAGGUUCUGAGGCGAGGCCAAGCGUCCCGAAACCAGAGCAGCUUACAGGAAGUGUGUGUGGUGGAUGUAUGCACUCAGACGGACAUCACCUUCGAGCACAUCAUGGCUCUGGCAAAGAUGAGACCCAGUACCCCUCCUGUGCCCGACAUCUGCCCCUUCCUGCUGUCUGACAGCUGUCAUUCCAUUCAGACGGUGGAUCAUGAAUAUUUUGAUUGUCCAGAGUAUGUCUCCAGCACUCAGGCAGAAGUGGAAAGGGCAGACGAAUUUGAAUGUGAGGAGGUCGAGCUCUGUCGAAUGAACAGCCAGGAAAAACUUGGUCUCACUCUCUGUUACCGCACCGAUGAGGACGAAGAUGCAGCCAUUUUUGUUGGCCAGGUUGAGCCCAACAGCCUAGCCGCAAGGGAUGGACGCAUCAAAGAGGGCGACAGAAUUUUACAGAUAAACGGGCAUGACGUGCAGGACAAGGAAGAGGCUGUUGCUCUACUCUCAAAUGAUAAUUCCAGAUCCAUAGUAUUGCUUGUCACCAGACCUGAAGGACAGAUGGAUGGAAGCUGGCUUGAUGAGGACCAUCAUGAUUUCCUAGAGGAACUGAAAAUGGAGAUUCUAGAGGGGAAGAAAAAAGAAGGAAUUUAUCAAACAGUUAGUCGCAUGAAGCAGUCUAAAAGACUAGAGGAACAAUCUACAGAUACAGCAACCUGCUCCUCGGGCAUUCCUGAAAAGGACAGUGGUGUGAAAUGCAGCUUUGAGGAGGACUCUGAACAUGAACUUUCUCAUUCCCAAACAAGAACUCAACAUCAACUUCUGGAAAGGUGGGAGGCAGGCUCGCGUUUGGUUCCUAUGGACACCAUGAGCUUUGGCAGGCAGGAGCCAGGUCAGGAUGGAAUGAUGAGUGAGAACGGAGUUGAAUGCGACCAGUUUCAACAACUCCUGGAGCUCAAGUGCCAGAUCCGUAAUGGCGGGGAAUGUGGUUUGGUCUACAGACGAAGCAGCACUAUCGAAUGCAGCCUGACAGACCAAGGUGGGAGCGGUGUGGCACGGGAGCUGCACAUGCUCAACGAGGAGCUUCGCAACAUUGAACGAGAGUGUCAGAGCAUCAUGCAAGCUCACCAGCUCCGUAGGAGCAAACACGACUCACCCAGGACAGACAAGGAGAACCGCCUGCGGCGUUGCAAGCUUGCAGAUAUAAAUGAGCAUCCUGAAAGACUUCAAUGGGAGAAGCUGCGAGAUAAAGAUAGUUCUAGUGCCUAUAACACGGCGGAAAGCUCUCGCUCAACACCGCUGGGAACAGAGGGGUCGCCUGACCUCUCGGUUCACCGUCGUGUCCACUUGACCAAUCAGAAGAACCUGCGAAGCACCCAAAACGUACAGAGCCCAUACAAUAGCCAGUACAAUAGCCCCAUUUUGUCAUUUCCCAGCCAAAGUAGCUCUGCUUAUACUCGUGCCCAUACGUACACCAGCUCAACACCUCCCUUACAGACCCCGAUGACCAGUCCUGGUUCACAGGGUCCAUGCCAGGCUUUCUCCAGCAGCCUGGAGCAAAGCCCCAGCAACCCCUCAGAAUCUGACCCAGCACUCCCAGCAGAUGACGAACAUUGUGAAAGGAACCGCAGCCGAGCCUCAGCCACCCGGCACUACCCAUCGCCCUACCACAGCAACACGGCACCAACCCAGACCCCUGGAACACGGCACUACCAGAGCUACCUACAGCUCCUACAGCAACAUUCCACUUCUUCUCUAGAGUACUCCCAGAGCCAGCUCAGCCUUCUCAGCCUCCGUGGACGGCCCGGUCCCGCACAAUCUGGCCGGGUGGAAUGGAAGGUUAAAGUUCGGGCAGAUGGAACUAGGUACGUUGCACGCCGGCCCGCAAGAGACCGUAUUCUACGUGAGCGAGCCCUGCGGAUCCGCGAGGAACGUAGCGGGGGGAUGACUACAGAUGACGACGCAGUCAGCGAAUUGAAGAUGGGUCGGUAUUGGAGCAAGGAAGAACGCAAGCAGCAGCUAGCACGUGCGAGAGAGCAGCGACGCAGGAGGGAGUUCAUGCAGAGGAGCAGGCUGGAGUGUCUUAAGGAGACUGUGGGGACCGCGAGCGGGGAGGUGAGCAUCCUGGAACUCAGCCAUAAGAAGAUGCUGAAGAAACGAAACAAGAAGAUCCUAGACAAUUGGAUGACAAUUCAAGAGCUAAUGAGCCAUGGGGCACGAGCACCUGAGGGUACCAAAGUGCACAAUGCCUUCCUCUCGGUUACCACCGUUUAGAAAAUAUGGUCUCGCUUUUAUGUACUUGCCUCUUCCAAGUGGCCAUUUACUAAAGGUUAAGAUACAGAUAUUUUUGAUGCUGUCAUAAGACUCGUUUCAACUCAACUGGGUCUCAUCUGCAGAAAUGUGAAUGUUCAAACUCUCUUUUGAUAUCUUGACUCUACCGUUCCAGACCUCGCUGU